AUGGGAAGAGACGUGCCUCUCGUCCGGCGCGUGUCGCUCUGCGGGAUCGUUGGCACCCCUCCCAGAUGCGAGGUGUCGGGGGCGCAGCGCGGGCGCGAGCGGCAUGCGGCCCCGACGGCAGACGCCCAUGGAGGUCGGCUAGCGGCGCGCGCGCAGCCCCCGCGCCCGCUACCCCUGCCCCGCCCCGCCGAAGCCAUGGAACUCGCUGACGUGCCUCGACACCGACCCCUCGCCUUCGAUAAGAUGGAAAGCCUGAUAAAAGAAAUGCAAGACCCAGACUCAGGGGUUCCAGUAAGAAGUCAAAAACUAUUUCUCACUCUUAUUCCGUCUGCCUUUAUGGGUUAUGAUCUUGUCGAAUGGCUAAUGGAUCGGUUUAAUUUUGAAGAACCUACAAAUGUUGAAGCAAUAAACUUAGCCAAUCAGCUGUGUCAAUAUGGCUACUUCUUUCCUGUCAACGAUUUGAAAAACCUCGUGUUGAAGGACGAUUCUUCUCUUUACAGAUUUCAAAGUCCAUAUUACUGGCCAUGGCAAGCGCCACGCGUGGCGGGGAGCUCGAGCGCUCCGACAUUGGGCCCAGACAAUGUGGAGUACGCUAUUUACCUGGUGAAGCGGACAUUACGUAACAAGCAGAGACAUGGCCUCGAAGAGUACGAACAGGAAGCCCUCGCCAACCUCAAGAAGAAUCUUGCUGCGAAAUGGGACUUUAUUACUAUGCAGGCGGAGGAACAGGUUCGUCUGGCAAAGGAGAGAAAGAAAGGUGACAAGAUAGUGAGUGACAGCCAGGAGCGCGCAUACUGGCGCGUGGCUCGGCCGCCGCCCGGCGUGGCCAGCGCGCUGGAGCCCUGUCCCGUGCCCGUGCGCGCGCGACACCAUCGCGUCAAGAAGCGCUCUGUGCAUCAAGUCACUCGUGAGAUUGAGCAUCUAAAAGCGAGUCUGGACCGUACGAGAGUGAAGACUUCAAUUGCCCUUGAGGCCCUCUUGGCCUACUCGGAGACCUUCACUCCCUACGAUCCCUGGCUCACCCCGCCGCAGCCCUCCAACCCUUGGGUCAGCGACGACACCCUAUUCUGGCAAAUUAACAGCCCUCUUGUGGAGGUGCCGAGUGAGAAGCGGGUCCAGCGCUGGGCGUUGUCUAUCGACGAACUGGUGUCUGACCCGACGGGGCUGCAGGAGUUUACCAGCUUCCUGCGCAAGGAGUACUCACACGAGAAUAUAAGGUUCUGGCUGGCGGUCAUGGAUCUGCGGCGCAGCAGUACCAAGCAGAUACCAAAGAAACUUGAAGAAAUCUAUGAAGAGUUUCUGAAGCCGGGCGCGCCGUGCGAGAUCAACAUCGACGGCGCCACGGCGGAGCGCGUGACGGAGGGGCUGCGCAGCGGGUCCCGGUACGCGCUGGACCACGCGGCCGAGCACGUCUACGGACUGCUGCUCAAGAAGGACUGCUACCCGCGCUUCGUCAGAUCUGACCACUUCCAGCGACUGCUCACUGAGGGCAGAAACGUGCAUCAGAAGAAGGCUAAGUUUUUCAACUUCGGUGGUCAAGUAAAGAAAAAGCCGGGCUCGACGAGUGGCGGCGGCGGCGCGGCGCUGUCCCGGCGGCGCGGCUCGGACCGCUCGCUGUCGGGGUCGGCGCACGAGCUGGCCGUGUGCGCGGCGCAGGCCCCGCGCCCGCCCGACCAGCCCAGCCACAGCCACUCCCAGUCCAACCUUUGCGAUAUCACCACUUUCAGAGAUCCUCUCGAUGACGACACGGCCGACGUACUACCGUGGGAGUGUUCCUCGCGGGAGGUGGUGUACGGCAGUGCCAGUAGGCGACGCCAAGACUCUGCUGCAGAUUCGGGGAGCUCGUCGUCCGACGUGAGCGCGGCCGUCGCCGUCAGCGAGCGCACGCGGCGCCUGCCGCAGCAGAGCACGCUGGACGGCGGCCUGCGCGGCGCGCCCCCGCCGCUGCGCCGUCUGUCGGCCGUGGAGCCGCGCCACCUGGCGCCGCUGGCCUCGCCGCCGCACUCGCCGCGCCCCCCACGCCCGCCGCCCGCGCCCGCGCCCCUCGCGCACGCGCCCCCGCACCCUACGCCCACCAUCAGUGUCAGCUCUGCACCCGACGAUGAUGAGGCCGGUUCCCCUCCUGGCACCGCCUCGCCUGACGAGCCGCGAUCUAUCGCGCACUCAGAUGAACCUUCGUCGGUAUUCGCAUCGGCAGACGCGACUCCCACGGAACCGAUGCGACCCGUGUUCAAGGGUGAAGAGCGAUCGGCGCCCGUCACCGAAGGGCCCAUGGCUCCCCCAGAUCCAGGUUGUGAUAGCUCAAAGGAAGAGGCGCCACACGAAACCGUGAGAAUUCGGUCCGUGUUGGAGUCAGUGGUGUGCGCACCCUCGGUAGAAUCCUAUGACGACUCGUCCGCUUCGGGCGCCGUUUCAGACUCCAGGGAUUCCGACCGAACGCGAUCGUCUGAAGACGACGUAGUAUCGGUGCAACGUGUGCUGUCCCGCGAAUCGUCAACGAUAAAAGAAACCAGUCCGGCCUCAAGUAAAGAUACAAGUAGCAAAAUCGGCGAUCUUCCAGAGAAUACGUCCGAGAGUGACGAUACUACGAUAAGCUCUGUUCAAGUAGUGGAGUCAACAAGCGAACUGGCAAGUGCGCCGGCUAGUGUGCCGUCGAGCGCAGUGGUGCUUGUACCGUCGAGUGCGCUGGGGACAGUACCGAGCACGGCGGGGAACACGGCGCCGAGCGUGGCCCAGUCGGAGCUGGUGAAGACGGCCGAGUGUGUGGCGCCGGAGCCUUGCAGCUCGGCGACGGUGGAGCCGACGAGUACGGCGCCUACAGGCUCGGCGCCGCGCUCGCCCGUAGCGCCGCUCGCAGUCUGCGAGGAUAUCGGGGUCGACGACGACAACGUAGACAAAGUGCCUUCGGCGCCACUGCAAAGGGUCUCGGAAGAUUCCAAGGCGGCGUCCGACGUGGACGCGACGAAAACUAUUGCUCAUAAAGACGAACUGACGUCGGUCUCUGAUACCAAUAUUGUUAAGCGUGAUAAUAAAAGCGGCAUCGGUGAGCGUAAGCAGCGGAACGACAUAUGUCCAUGGGAGGACGAAAAUUCCUGCGAAAGUGAUGCUCCAUUUGUUAAAACUUACGCAACGCUCGGUUAUUUAUAA